CUCUCUUCCUCACCAUCCUCCUUCUUAGCUCUCGUUCCCUAUCCUCACCAUGACCGACCAAGCUCAGCCCGUAACUAAUGGUGCCGUCGCGGAGUGGAUCUAUGAGACGAAGCACCUCGAGACGCACUUUGACGAGAAAGGGUACCAGCAGACCGUGGAGGCAGGCGAGCGGCCCCCAAAGGCGGACGACGACGACAAGUGGAAGAACUACGUUCUCACCUACACGCGCCACUUCGACAAGAAGGGCCUCUUUGAGAAGUCUACCGUGGAGAUCAAGUCCCAGCCGCUCAAGGAUGUUCUGAAGGUCAUCAUCCCCGACUACCCGGGCGUGUCGUUCGCGACGGAGACGGUUCGGCUUUCGCUGCCGAGUCAGGUGCUGCUCCAUAACCGGACGGAGCUCCACAAGGCGUUGCACGAGGAUCAGGUCGGCACGGAGGAGGGGCGCAAGCAUCUGAAGUUCUUCGUGGACUGGUACGAGGAGACGGACAAGGCUCUCAUCAAGGAGUACACCAACCUCGCCGACCAGGCGCUGACGACGUACCCUCUACUUUGGACCGUCCUCAAGCCUGGCAUCACCAUCUACGCUCCUCUCCACGGCCAGCCGCGAGCCUUCCGCCUUACCAAUUCCUACGAGACGCGCGACUUCCACUGCCUCGAGGUAACCUACACCGACUACGAUGGCCGCAAGUUCGGCGCCGCCGAGACGCAGCUCCGUAUCUACCCUUUCCUCGGCAGCGUCCCCAUCAACUCGCUCGAGGCGUACCCGCUCUGCCACCACGUCCGCUACCAGCACGUCCGCGACCAGCUCAUCAAGCGUGGCCGCCGCUUCGAGAGCUUCCAGGGCAAGCAGUACCUGCAGUACUCGGGCAUCGCACUGGGCGAGAUCAUCCGCUGCCGCCGCGUGCGCUACAGCAUCAACGGGCGCGUCAUGGUCGACUGCGAGACAUUCUCGCGCAUGGAGACGGACCGGGCGGUGUCCGUGAAGACGUUCCGCAAGCCGGAUAGCACGGCGCCGAACGACGACGACUCGGACGAUGGUUCAUACGACAGCGAGGACGACAGCGGGUACGACUCGGAUUUCGCGGAGCACAAGGGGCCGCCGCAGCCGCUCACGGACGAGCAGUGCCUGCACGCGACGAACUUGGUGUGCGGGUGGGCUUUUGCGGAGAAGAAGUGGGUGGAGUUCUUUGUGGAUAAGUUGAACCCCAUCGAGUUCAGCGAGGAUGCGUUUGACCACUUGGUGCUUCCGGCGAGGCAGAAGAGCUUGGUGAAGGCGCUUGUGGAGAGCCAUAUGAAAGAGCAGGAGGAGGGGGGCUUCGACGACGUGAUCAAGGGCAAGGGCAAGGGUCUCAUCUCCAUCCUGCACGGGCCUCCGGGCGUUGGGAAGACCUUGACUGCCGAGUCCGUCGCCGAGUUCACGAAGCGCCCGCUCUACGCCGUCUCAUCCGGCGAGCUCGGCACGUACGCGAGCGACCUUGAGGAGAAGCUCGCGCGCAUCCUCGACGUCGCGACCGUCUGGAAAGCCGUCCUCCUCCUCGACGAGGCCGACGUCUUCCUCGAGAAGCGCUCCCUGCACGACAUCGAUCGCAACGCGCUCGUCUCGACCUUCCUCCGCUUGCUUGAGUAUUACCAGGGCAUCCUCUUCCUCACGACAAACCGCGUCCAGUCCUUCGACGAGGCGUUCCAGUCGCGCAUCCACGUCGCGCUCAAGUACAACAACCUCACCGAGGACUCGCGGCGCACGGUGUGGAAGAGCUUCUUGGAGAAGCUCGGCGCGGGGAAGGUGGAUGUGAGCGAGGCGGACUAUGAUGAGCUGCAGAAGUGCGUUCUCAAUGGGCGGGAGAUCAAGAACGCGGUGAAGACGGCGAAGAGUCUGGCGGACUCGAUGGGCGGGGUGGUGACGAAGGAGACGCUGGAUACGGUGCUGGAUAUCCAGCGCGACUUCGAGCGGGACUUCCAUGCUUCGGCGGCGGAGAACGCGGUGGCGAAGGCCUGAUUUACUUCCCCACUAGUCCUUUUUUCCCAUCUCAUCAUGUCAGUUACCAUAGACCGCACCUAUCUCAUGUAUACUAUCGACCUUUGUACUGUAGCUAUCUAUCGGAAGUGAAUCUCAGAUAUGGAAGUUCAUGACUA